CACUGACAGUUGAAAUAGCACACAGUUUUUGUUUACGUUUGUGCUUGCUUGUUACAUUAGUUUUUGAUACAAAUGAAUGUUGAGUGAAAUUAUUAAUAAAUUACAACAUGUCCAACGAUAAACGUACUAUUUACGUCGGCGCAUUAGCAGAUGAGGUGACGGAGAAGCUACUCAAUAAUGCCUUCAUACCUUUUGGCGAUAUCGCCGACAUACAAAUGCCGGUCGACUAUGAGUCGCAAAAGCAUCGUGGAUUCGCCUUUAUAGAAUAUGAAAUGUCGGAGGAUGCCGCUGCAGCGAUAGAUAAUAUGAAUGACUCCGAGCUUUGCGGUCGGACGAUACGUGUAAAUCUCGCCAAGCCAGUGCGCAUUAAGGAGGGAAGCUUCAAGCCAGUUUGGGCCGACGACGAUUGGUUGCAGAAACAUGCGGGCGCAACACUAAAAGACGACGAAGCUGAAAACACUGAAGUUGGCGCAAAUACCGAGAGUGCAGAUGCACCUGCCAGCAAACCUAGCGGACCGGUGGUUAUUGAGAAAGCAGAGAAACGUAAUCCACAAGUUUUCUUCGACAUACGAAUAGGUGGUCAUGAUAUAGGACGCAUUAUAAUGCUACUGCGCGCCGACGUUGUGCCGAAAACGGCGGAAAAUUUUCGUGCGCUCUGUACGCAUGAGCAAGGCUUCGGCUAUAAAGGUAGUACUUUUCACCGUGUCAUACCAGAAUUCAUGUGCCAAGGUGGUGAUUUUACUAAUAAUAAUGGCACUGGCGGCAAGUCUAUAUAUGGCAAGAAGUUUGCAGAUGAAAAUUUCACGCUCAAACACAAUGGUUUCGGAACGCUGUCAAUGGCCAACUCCGGACCCAAUACAAAUGGUUCACAAUUCUUCAUCUGCACAACUAAAACUGAUUGGCUAGACAAUAAACACGUGGUGUUCGGACAUGUAAUAAGCGGAGCUGAUGUCGUGCGAAAGAUGGAACGAUGUGGCAGCAAAGCGGGUACCACAACACAGAAAAUUGUAAUCUAUUCAUGUGGCGAAUUAAAAUAAAUAAAAAAUAUUUUAGUUUAAAAA